AUGACUGUCUCUUCCCAGAAGCCGAUUGCCUUCGCCAAGUACGACGUGCGGGAAACACUGAAUUCGACGUCGGAAUCUCGACGUGAGCACGUUCCACUUCCAUCUUUGGACCUGAGCGUGGCUCUGAGCCUCGCCGCUUCAACUCGAGAUGACAAUCCUGAGCAUGCCCCGCCCGUGACUGGUCUUGGUGACAUUCGGCCUGAGCAACAAGGUGUAAAGAAUAUCUCAAGAGCUCCCACCCUUCUUCCCAGCCUCAGAUGGAUCGACCUUACCAUGAGCAAAUUCCCCCUUUUGGCUUCCUCCGCUGUUUCCGCUACCUGA